AUGGGUCUUCGUGUACUCCCUCUGCUUCUUUCAUUCCUUGUUUUCUUUCUGUUGCAUACUCCCACCCUUGCCGUUAAAAAGUCUUAUAUAGUGUACAUGGGAGCACAUAAUUCACCUCUCCUGGAGCCUUCGUUGCAUGACCUCCAACUUUUAACGAAUUCACAUUACAAUUUCCUUGCAUCGUUAAUAGGAAGCACCGAGAAGGCUCAGGAUGCAAUCUUUUACUCGUACACAAGAUUCAUAAAUGGAUUUGCAGCAGUCCUUGAAGAGGAAGAAGCAGAAAUGAUUGCAAAGGAUCCAAAAGUAUUAUCAGUAUUCUUAAACCAGGGAAGAAAACUGCACACAACAAGGUCAUGGGAUUUUCUUGGACUUGAGACAGCUGGAACAAUUAAUAAUGCCGAAUCAGCAUGGAAGGCUGCAAGGUUUGGUGAAGACACAAUAAUUGGAAACCUCGACACCGGUGUAUGGCCGGAAUCAAAGAGCUUCAACGAUGAAGGGAUGGGUCCCAUCCCCUCCAGGUGGCGUGGUAUCUGUCAAAGUGGCAACAACGAUGGAGUUCGUUGCAACAGGAAGCUGAUCGGAGUAAGGUACUUCAACAAAGGCUAUUAUUCAUUUGCAGGCAUUAGUCCGAACUCCUCCCAAUCCACUGCUCGCGAUCACAAUGGGCAUGGAUCCCAUACCUUAUCUACAGCUGGGGGUAACUUUGUACCCGGAAUUAAUGUUCUUGGCCAUGGCAAUGGCACUGCAAAGGGUGGAUCACCAAAGGCACGUGUGGCUGCCUAUAAGGUGUGCUGGCCACCACUAUUACUGGGUGGUGGACAGUGCUUUGACGCGGAUAUCAUGGCUGCCUUUGACGCUGCAAUAGCUGAUGGUGUUGAUGUGCUUUCAGUGUCUCUGGGUGCCUCCGGCCCUAGCGAGUUCUUUAACAAUGGCGUAGCAAUAGGCUCCUUCCAUGCGGUCAAGAAUGGCAUUGUUGUGGUUAGCUCUGCUGGCAACAAUGGACCAGCUGCAGGGACCGUAUCAAAUGGCUCUCCAUGGAUGUUCACUGUUGCUGCUAGUACCCUUGAUCGAGAAUUCGCUAAUUAUGUUGCACUUGGCAACAAGUUGCGCCUCAAGGGAACAAGCCUUUCAACUGGAGGCUUGCCUUCUAAUAACUUCUAUCCACUGAUCAGUGCUGGAGAUGCUGCUGCUGCUAAUGCAUCAGCUCCAGAAGCUAUUUUCUGUCAGGCUGGAACUCUUGAUCCCAAGAAAGUGAAAGGCAAGAUUUUGGUAUGUCUCCGUGGGGAAAAUGGAAGAGUUGACAAGGGGUAUCAUGCUCUUGCCGCAGGUGCCGUGGGAAUGAUAUUGGCUAAUGAUGAGGACAAUGGGAAUGGAGUUUCAGCCGAUCCUCACUUGCUCCCUGCUUCACAUGUCAGUUACACUGAUGGCCAACGUGUCUUUGCUUACUUAAGGAGUACCAAGAACCCUCAAGGUUUCAUAAGUCCUGUAAGGACGCAAUUGGAUACAAAGCCAGCUCCAUUUAUGGCUCCUUUCUCAGCUGCAGGACCCAAUCUCGUCGAGCCAUCGAUCCUCAAGCCUGAUAUCACCGCACCCGGGGUGAAUAUCAUUGCUGCUUACACCGAAGCCGUUAGCCCAACUGAUAUGGAAUCUGACAAACGCCGCUUUGCUUACAAUGUUCUCUCUGGCACUUCCAUGUCAUGCCCUCAUGUUUCUGGCAUUGUCGGCCUCCUUAAAACCCUCCACCCUACCUGGAGUCCCGCAGCUAUUAAAUCAGCAAUCAUGACCACAGCAAAAACGCAAGAUAACAGAAUGAAGCCAAUUCUGAGCUCUGCCAAUCACGAAGCCACACCAUUGGAAUAUGGUGCGGGACAUGUGCAACCAAACCAUGCAGUGGACCCUGGACUCGUUUAUGAUCUGACCGUCGAUGAUUACUUGAACUUCUUAUGUGCUCAUGGCUAUAACCAAACCCUGAUCCAAUUAUUUGCAGAUAAGCCAUAUGCAUGUCCCAAGUCUUUCCAACUUGUUGACUUCAACUACCCUUCAAUCACAAUUCCUAAUCUCCAUGCAACCACGGUGACUGUAACUAGAACAGUAACUAAUGUUGGCUCAGCUCCAUGCAAGUACAAUGUGACUGUCCAGGAACCUGCAGGAGUUUCGGUCUCGGUUGAACCUACAACAUUGGAGUUCAAAUCAAUAGGUGAAAAGAAGACCUUCAAAAUUACUCUCAAGACCAAGGUCGGGUCUUCGAUUGUAGGCUACGUAUUCGGACAUUUGAUAUGGUCAGAUGGCAAGCACUUUGUGAGGAGUACUAUUUCAGUCAGCUCUUCUGGCAAGAUAUCAAGCACCUCCUCACAUUCGUAAUGACUCAUCCUCCUCCCUCAGUC